AUGUUGAUCACCGCCGACCGCCUUACAGCCCAGCUCCUCACCUCCUCCCCGGCCGACUUCGAAGGAGUCAGCCAAUUUGGACACACCAUCCCAGCGUACAAGCUUCGUUGGCCCGGAAUAGCCGGUCAGUCGGUGAAGGUGGAAGAUGGACGCCAAGGUAGUCGCGAAGAAGAAACCCAUAUUCGUGAUAUUAUUAGAAUGAUCCCAUUAGCUAUGCAAGGCAGACCGGAGCUUGACUUCCAUCAAACCCGAGAGUUACAAACCGCCCUGGCAAAUCUUUUGCAAAAGAGACCAGCCUUGGCUAAGGCUCUGAAGGCAAAGAUCAAAUGCAGCACUAUUUUCCAAAACUACUAA